AUGUUAUGGGGCCCCACGCUCCUGCUGCUGCUGCUGCUGCUGCUGCUGCUGCAGCAGCAGCAGCAGCAGAAACUGCUGACGGCCUCAGCUGCGUCUCCUGCUCCAGCAAAAGAGACACGCCAGAGGGGCCCCUUCGUUUCAAUACUGCUGCUGUGCAUAAGUUCUCUCCUCACCACAGCAGCAGCAGCAGCAGCAGCAGCAGCAGCAGCAGUAGCAGCAGCAGCAGUAGCAGGAACAGGAGCAACAGCAACAGCAGCAGCAGCAGCAGCAGCAGCAACGUACUCGUUCCUCAUCGCGGUGUUUCCUUCUCUUCUGUUGGCCUUGCAGCCCCAGAAGCAGCAGAAGCAGAUGAACCGUUUGCUGCAGCAGCAGCAGCAGCUGCUGCUGCUGCUGCUGCUGCAGCAGCAGCAGCAGGGGGACCGCAAAGCAGCAGAGCAUGCAUGCAGCAGCUGCAGCAUCCAGCUGGUGAUGAUAGUUUGCCUUGCUGCUGCAGCAGCAGCAGCUGCAGCAGCAGCAACAGCAGGAGCAGAAGCAGGAACAACAGCUGCAGCAGCAGCAGCAGCAGCAGCAGCAGCAGCAGCAGCAGCAGCAGCAAACACGCUCUCGGGCGUAUACGGAGAAGCCCCUGGGGGUCUUUAUAUAUUAAUACAGCAGAUGAGGCGAGGGACAGCAGCAGCAGCAGCAGCAGCAGCAGCAGCAGCAACAGCAGCAGCAGCAGCAGCAGCAGCAGCAAGAAUAACAAGAGCUGCAGCAGCAACAGCAGCAGCAACUGCCCCCUCAUCAGCCCCCCCGUGUCUCCUCCUGCUUCAGAGGGGCCCCCAACAGCAGCAGCAGCAGCAGCAGCAGCAGCAGCAGCAGCAGCAGCGCAGCAGCUGUCUCCUCUACCCAGACCUAUCAGCAGCAGCUCGCUAG